AUGGACACUACAACGACAUUGUUCACGUUCAUGCUGGACGUCAUUUAUGACGGCGAGCGGCCAGGAUCAUCUCGAAGGAAUGGUGGCCUGAAGAUGGGCCAGCCGUACUAUUAUUACUAUGAGCUGGACGGCUCCGUCGAGACUCACGAUCCUUCGCUCCCCACCACCACCACGUGCCCAUAUUUACCUGGCCAGACUGUAAAUAUGAUGUGGGUGCCCACAGAGAAGUCGGACAGGAAACGAAGCGCAUCUCUCAGCUCAGUACGACGCGAGGACUUCAAGACAAUGUCGCCCCAAGACAAGUACAGCGCUCCUCGGCCGGCUCCUUCCGCACCCGAGCUGCUCAACCCAGCCUACCGGCCCGCUACGUCCCAAGUGCCCGUCCGGACCCUCAAGCACAAGCGGUCCGACCGAUCCAUCUCACCCACUCCAAGCUGGUGGUCGCCACGGAAACUAUUCACCCGCAAGAACAGCGUGUCAUCGCAGGCCAGCAGCGAUAGACACUCUGACGAUGCAUCGGUGGCAGGCUCAUCCUCUGGUGAUGAGCACAGGCGUAGUGGUCUCUCUUCCUCGUCGGAAGGUAGCCGGACCCGACCCAUGUCCCCAGACUCGCUGCGAAGGUUCCUCUCCGAUGAUACGUCAGUGGUGACACCACCGGCCGACGACGCAGAGCGUCUCUUCCUGUCCAUCCCUGACGAUAUCGCCGAGGAGGACGAUGACAACUUCGCAACCUCCGCCGCCUCGGAGACCAGCCCGAAGACCAUCCUGUCGCCGCCCCCACCGGUCUCUCGCAACUACUCAGCAACCACUCUUCGCCGGCUUCCCGAGAACGAGUCGGUCGUCACCCUUACCGCACCAAAGCCCGCAACAGCUGUCUCACGGCCGCAGCCGUUCCACUUCGACGAUGAACAAGAGACACCUACUUCACGCUUCUCCUUCUCGUCCGAUGAGGGCUCCAUCUACGGAGAUGACGAGACAGACGCCACGUCUCCCGAAACCGACGCCGAGGCCGAGAUUCCAUCUUUCUACCACUCCGAGGCCGAGGAGGACGAGACUGACUCGGACAUCCUCUCACCCCCAGCCGCCUUCCAGUCGUCAAAGACAGGCCUCGCCAUGGGCCGCGAGUCGCUCGAGCAGUCGCUCGCGGACGCGUUUCAGGGGUACCGCCUGCCGCGGACAUCGAUGGACGGCAGCAACAAGGUCCCCGUCGCCGUCGUCCCCAGCCCGCCGCUGCUGGCCGCCCCGGCUGGCUCGGUGGUCGACGACUUCAUGAGCGAGAUGACCAACUUGCAGAGCAAGUGGAUCUAG